GCAGUAACAAUUUCUCCUCCUCCUCCUCCGCUGCUCGCUCCUGCCUGCCUGCCUGCGACAGCACAGCAGUGGUGUGGUCGCUCUAACGCACGUUAACGGAAAGGAAAAACAGUCCGUACGUAGUGAAGGCCUCUGCCACACUGAAAACCUUUCAGCAGCCACAGCGACGACGGAUAAAAACACUUACUAUACAUACUGGUAAUCUGAGUUGCUGUUAUUUUAUUUAAUAGCCGUGUAAAGAAAAAAAGGCAGUCUUCAUAAUGGCGACAGCUGCGGUGUCUGCCCCUGCUUGCAGCGGCCCCAGCCCCGGGCCGGGAACGGAGCUAGUCCGCGGGCAGGCCUUCGACGUCGGGCCUCGGUACAGCAACCUUUCCUACAUCGGGGAAGGAGCCUACGGGAUGGUGUGGUAAGUUUUCCACGAAGCGCUUUUCUACUUCGCCUUUUCAAACCACACACUUUAUCACUAUACACUUCUCAUUUUAGCGCUUCACCUUCGCUAACUCUUCAAAUUCCCGUCAUUUAAAAACUAAAUAUCAUGUUUAAGCUAGCAAGCAACAGUGCCAAAGCAUCGGCGGUUAAACGACUACAGUGUCCGCUUGGAAGGAAAGAUUCAUGUCAAAGCUUCUUGUUUUUCGCUUAUAUUUGGUUUGGUUUUGUGUUGAAAUGAUCUUCGACUAGACGUUAAUGUACUUAGCUUACCUGGAAAUCCACUUAAUUAGUCACUAACUUGCGCCGAUAGGGAGCAGGUUUAUAAUGUUACAUAAAACCUAUCGUACAUCCCUUUAAAUGUCGGUUAAAUUCUGUAUGGAAGACUGAAAACGCGAUUAAAAGCUUCAAGAAUGAAGAAAUUUGGCAUUUUGUCAAUAACAUGUUUUCAACAGGCACCCAACAGGGUGUGUUCAUCCUUCACUUUGGCUUUACAGUGAUUUCAGCUUUACAAUGCACAAUGGUUUCUAUCUGCUAAAGUACUUAAUCAUUACAUUUCAUACUGAAUAUAUAGAUUUUCAGCUGUUCCAACCAGUCACAUUAUCAACACAAUAUAAAAGCUGUACUAUGGAUUCUUCUUUAGCCUGUCAGAUAGGUGAUGUUUAGUUAAAUCAAAUGUUGAAGUUAUAAACUGUGUUGAUGGUCUACUGGAGUGCAUUAUAUUGAAAUGUACUCCCUCAUGCUUGUUACUGAAGUGGAUGAAAUACCAUUCAGUUAAACCACCACCCAUCAUAUCUAACGUAGUGAAUAAGUCCAAUAAUCAUGGAUCUGACCAUGUUAACCAAAACUGGAAAUCUGUGACGCUCCAUUAAAGUAGAAUUUAUGAUAGAGCUGAUGUAUUGCAUUGUACUACAUUGCCCAUAAUGUUAGAGCUAGUCGGUGUGUAUUGCCCCAAACUGUUGUAUCUCUGUGGACAAAAUUUGGUCAUGAUCAUAUGAAAAUCAGCUGCACAUGUCGGUUUUGUGGAUUUGCAUAAUUUGGAAAUGCAUUGCAGGAGGUGCCUCAAGGUGUUUCAGUUGUAUGUUUAUUCAUUGCAUGCCCGGUUACAUGAAAGAAUUUAUUGAGAAAACUUGUGUACAAGUAGUUUUUUCAAUUUGCAAUGUUCUGAUAUGAAUUUAGUGUAGGACUGCACAAUAUUGGAAACACUGGCAUUGCAGCUUCUUUUUCUUGCAGUGAUAUGUACUGCAAUGAGCACAAAUACAGGAUGGUAAACUAGUGUAAAUAGAACUGGUUUAAAACUCUUAAUCUUAGUGGACUCUAUUCAGGCCUUCACCUGCAAAUGUGACUCUAGGCCUGCAUUAUAUGAAAAAUAUAUAAUGUGUGAUAAUUCGGCUUAACACUGUGGUAUUUUCGUCUCUCAACAGGCUCAAUUUGACUGCAUCAAAUUGACGUAAAGCACAGCUAAUAAUACCCAUGCCUUCAUCUCGCAGGUCAAAUAUACAUGCUGAAGUAGAAAGCAUUGGUUGUACACAUUUUAUAAUUUUAUAUCAUUGCUCUGCUAUAAACUAAGAUUUUUGGGACUUGUUGAUUGCAAAUACACAUAUUGCUAUGUUGUUGCAUUUGUGGUUUACUGUGCAGUCCUACCUUUUCCGUCAACGAUAUUUUCUCAUGCUACUCUUGCCCAGCUGGUUUUUAGAUUAAAUUUGCAUAUUCGUGUGGAAAUCUAUUGCAGGAGACAUUAAAGAGUUUCCUAAGAAUUUUUGUUCCAGUAAAUGGCAAAUUGUACAAUGUUUACAUGAAACUGUAUUAAUAGAAACUCUCUCGAGGCAGUAUUUCCCAUCCCAGAUUACAUUCUUUCAGUGGAAGAUAAAUUCUUUAAAAGGCAAUGUUUAUGUAUUUUGUUGCAUGGCAUUCAGUUAAUUUUCUCCUUCUUUCAUGGCCUGUCCCAAAAUUACCUAACUCAAUGUUUUGGCCCACAGAUAUCUUAACCAAACUGUUGGUGGUAAAAUGGACACAGAAUCCUUCGGCUGAAUGGGACUGAAUCGUGUUCGAAGCUAGUUUUGUUACUUCACAUUUGCUUGAAUUUUUACUAAAGCGAUCCGACAUUUGUGCAGUCCUCCACCAAUAAUUGUUCCUGUUUACAAAACUGGUAUUAUAAUCGUGGUUCAUACUUCACCUCUGAAUAUAUAGGAUUUUAUUCAUUCUCAAUAUUGAGUUUACAAUGAUCCAGUAGCAUUACGUCUUAAGUCUUCUGCACUGUUUAUUCGCUCUGAUGCUCAUAUCUUAUCACCCAUGAAAGCUGCACUUCGGGUUUUGUUUGACAUAUUUGCAUAAUGUGUUGGAAAUGAAUUGCAGGAGGCACCUCGAGGGGUUUCCCUCUUAUAUUUGUUUUCGUGGUGGAUGCUGAUGCCCAGUUACACAAUGUUCAGUAUAUGAAGGAAUUAAUACAUAAGAAGCACUGUGGAUGCUGAAGAAGCAUUUUUCCCCACUCUUUUGUACAUGAUGUAAAGGAAGAUUAUUUAUUAUACAGAGCUUUUACCCCCCACUACUCCAUUCUUAUGUCAUUUUCUCACACUCAUCCUGCUGAUUUACUUCAGAAAGUGACAAAAGAAAUGUAUUUUUAACAGCCUGAAUUAAGAAAGCCUGCUUUCAAAACCCCGUAAGUCUUGUUGUUUCUUGAGGCUGUUGCAAUGUAGCCGGCCUUAAAUGUGCACACUGUACUAUAUUACAUAAUAUAUUGUCCUUGUGUCAAACAGCAGCAGAGUAGUUCUUUUUUUUUCCCCCCCUCUGUGGUGAGAGGAGCUGGGUUUUCUGAGAACACUGGUUCAACACAGAGCCUGCCUACAGUGCAGACACACAGCGAGGCGUUUAGCAUCUUUUUGUCUGCAGAAUGAAAAACCUACCAAAAACAAACAGCCCUGCUUGUUUCUUUUAUGGGCCCUUAUCAGCAAAUAGACCACAUAAAAACACGUGUAAGCUCAAGUGUUGUUCUGAUAAACGCUGAAUGCGUCCUGAAACAUCAAAUCAGACAGAAUACAGCAUGACGGUUGAUGAAUCAGUGAAGCUGCUUGUAAAGAAUAAAAACACCAUAAGUAUACUGUGUACAGAUAUGCGUAAAUAAAUGGAUUUGGUUGUUUUUUAAACUCAUUCACUCAAAGACAAUACUAACCUUUCAGAGUGGUUUAAACAGUCAAGAGAUGGGCAUUUUAAACAAAUUAAUAACAAUAUUAAAUUUUUACUGGUAAUUUUUCCCCAAUUAUUUGAAUGUUUUGCCCAACUCUCAGCAGACAUAAAGAAAGAGAGGCCCAUUUAACGACUGCGCACAGUUGUUUUAGAUAUGUGUGAAAGUAGAUAUGCCAGUUUUACCUGGAAAGUUUGCACUUAACCUAAUUCUUUUGUUCAUUUCCUGGUCGGACUCUUUGGUGGCUGCAGAGGUCUACUUGUUUUUGUUUUGAUUCUCACAGUGCCACACUAGGGUUGGGAAUCGAGAAUCGAUGGGAAUCGGGACUAAAACUUCGAUUCUUCCGGUAUCGUUCAAAUAUUAAAAUUUCGAUUCCAAGUUUCAAUGCCAGAGUCCGCCGACCGGAAGAAAUAGCCGCCGAAAAUCAACGAAGAAGAAGCCGCUUAACACCAAUGAGGACGGAGCAUAUGAGACAAAGCCACACAGAGAGAGGAGAGAGACAGAGAGAGAAAGUACAUUGUAACCCACAGCAAUGCAGCCGCUGUGGGUUACAAUGUAAUCCCUCUCUCUGUGUGGCUUCGUCUCAUACGCUCCGUCCUCGUUGGUGUUCGGCAGCUUCUUCUUCGUUGGUCAAAAGUUUGGCUAACUUUAGCAGGAAGAAUGAGCUCUUAUCUCAAUGCAACAUUAGCAAUACAGUUAUAUCAUGUAAAGGAGGGUAAACGACCAACAUGAUUAAACACCUCAGGAUUCAUGGGGGAGAAAUACCCGAGUGCUCGUCUUUGACGCGCUUCGCCGGUGUUGUGCCAGAGAAUGCACCCCUGCUGUUGAAUGCACCCCUGACGGGAGCGCGGUUGAAAGUACACAAGGCGAAACAAUCCAAGUUUUUCUUACCGUUGAACGGAAUCUAAAGCGUGUGCCUUUAAUGAUUUCAUUCAGGCUAUUCAGAUAUGCCGAAAACAAUAGCCCUCUGAUUCGGAAUAUUUACUGUCCUGAAAAUAUUAUGUUCUCUACAUUAACAGCUUACUCUACAGUUUGUAUACCCAAGUACACCUUUAUGUGUGCAUUUUUGAGACACAUACAAACAAAACGAAAGUUUACUGCUCCAUUUGACACGUUUUCAUGAUCUAAUACCCGUGUUUUAUUAAAUAUGAGAUCAUAUUUCUUCCACUAAGAAGCUAAUCAGUGGAGGGGAGGCAUUCUACGGCAGGGGUGCAUUCUACAGCACAACACCUGUCUUCCGCUAACCAGUCAGGAUCAGACAAGUGAAACAAUAAAUGACUUCUGUCCUCUGCUAACUUUGAAACGGUAAAGAAAUUGAACUGUGUACGGUGAGUAAACUUAAAUAUCCAUCUAACGUUAGCCCUUGUACUUUUUCAUAGACAAACGACCUGAAAACAAAAAUUGAUAUUUAUAUACUGGUUGAAAAUAGCUCUGUGAGAAAUCCAUAGUAAAGUUCUUAAAAAGUUAAUAGGAUUUAAAAAUUCAUGGAGAAGUUCAGAAAUUUCAUCCAAAAAGAAGAGCCCCGGUUAGCACCCUCAUUCAAACCAUGCUUUUUUUUUUCUUUUUUCUUUUGCUUUUUGAUAUCCUGCCUUUUAAAAGAAUCGAAUUAGAGAAUCGAUAGGAAUCGGAAUCGAAAUGAGGAAUCGAAAUUGGAAUCGGAAUCGUUCAAAAUCAAACGAUACCCAACCCUACCUGUUACUGGUAACUGGCACUUGCACUCUCUGUUCGUCUUGUUAUUUAAUGGGAGCACACUUCAGAAAGGUUCAGCAGGACUGAAAUGUUGUUUUUACCUCUAAUAAGUGGCAAAGCUGAGCAAGAGGAGUGAGCAGGGUUUUCUCUUUUCAAGGCUUUGGUUUCACAUCCUGUGCACCUAGUUCAUAAGACAGUUGGAUGUGCACACACUUCCUCCAAAACGUAGUUUAAUGGUGAAGAGUGAACUGUUUUCUGAUGCCCCACUACGACUGUCUGGCGGUUGCACCACUAAAUGAGUAUACGAACAUUCAAAAAUCACAACUCCUUCCUGUAAAACCCCAUCCAUAGUAAUCUGAUGAUCAACCUGUUGUGGCAGCUGAUUGUCACACGAUUUGCAUUUGAACUCUUAUAACUAAAUAUGCACACGUUUGUUUUGGCUUCUUCCUUGACUAACAGAAGGAAGCAGGUUCUGUCCUGCAGUGCUAGUAAGUUAAACUUGCUUUCUAAUAGGGCUGCACGAUAUAUCGUUUGAGCAUCGCCAUCGUGAUGUACGUGUGCGCGAUAGUCACAUCGCAGAGCCUGCGAUGUUGGCGUUAAAUGAACUCAUCUAAUUUCAAGGGUAGCUGACUGAGAUACACUGCAUGUGCUGUGCAGCGAUCCAUCAAUCACAUUGGUUCUUUACUCAGUUGCCAAUCAGACUACCCUGCCAGCCGUCAGUCAAAAUCAGAGAGGAGGAAACCAUGCCCCUGCACACUGCCCGCACAUGGAGCGAGUCGCUGGCGCUGCCGGUGUUGUGCCAAGAAUCGCGUGUCUGCUGAGAAUUAGUUUCGAAACAUAACUCCUCACUGUUGAGCCCAACAAAUAAGAAUUGUAUGGGUUUUAAAUUGUACAUUUCUGUGGGCCACUCUACUAUGAGCGGUGCGCAUUUUUCGAGGUACAUGCAAUUCUCAGCGGGCAUGUGUUUCUCGGCACAACACUGGUAACAACAACAAUGAUUGUUAAAUGAGCAACAAAUAAGAGAAAACCACUGUAAAUGAAUACUUGUUGCCAAAAAGAAAAGCAACAUCAGUUAUCUGGACUUAUUUCGGUUACAAGAAGGAUUAUGUCGACCAAAACACGUGUUCUGUGUCGGCAGUGCCUUUCAUCUGUUGCCACAAUAACGUCCCAGCACAAUAAAAGCAAGUUAAAAAUAUCUCUGAGACUGACAGAAGCCAUUCUACUAACAUUCACAAAAGAGGUAAGAUAAGUGCAGGUUAACUGUCCACAAGAUUUCAGCAGUGCUGCAUAACAUGGAGUACUAUUCAGGUCAUCUGGUGAAAAUUUCUGUAUUUUUUAAUAUCGCAAUAUAUAUCACAGAUUGAAAAAAAAAUUGCAAUGUUUGUUUUUUCCAAUAUCCUGCAGCCUUACUUUCAAAGCACAUUUACAAGAUUUAUGUUAACUGUCUUCUAUGUAUGUUGUUACACAUGGAUUAAAAUCUUCCAAAUAUUAUUAAGUUAAAUAUUUAACUAAUGAUGGGAUCAUAACCAGCCGCUGAUCAUAAAAACAGUGUAGAAAUGAAUGAAAGGACAAAGCUGGUUUUGAUUGCCUGAUAGCAGAACUGUUUGUUUUGGUGUUUUCAGAAGUUUCCAUAACCAGGAUCUGAAACGCUCCCAAGAACUCAUGAAGACCGUCCACUCUGUGGCACGACUGUUAAAGCUUGUACUUAACAUGCAGGCAUAAGCAGAUUUAGGUCAAGAUUUGACUGUGUCUGCAGUGUUAUGCCUGAAACAAAGAGUGUUUCUUGUUUAUGUGAGUGAAACAGGGCACGCCAACUUUUUGUCAUUAAUGUCAAACUCGACACGCCACGGCUUGCAGAUUUUCAGGUUUGUUGCAUCUCCACUUCACCUUUCAGAGUUCAUGAGAGUGAAACCGUGUGGGUCGUUCUCUGACGUUUUCGUAGUUAAACCUUCGUCUGACACCAUUUCACUUUCUGUAAGCUGAGCUCUUUUCCUUAUCUGUAAACUCACAUCAGCUAUCAGCGCUCCUUCAAUUCAACAAGUGCUUUCUUCUUCUAUUGUUGUUGUGAGUGCUGCUUCCUGUAAUGUGCAGUGUAUAUGUAGAGGUAUUUUUCCACCCGCAGUAUUUAUGCUCAACCUGCUGCAGUGUUGCAUCACGUAUCUUCAACUCCAAUAAUAGUCACUUGAAUUGGAGGAAAAGUGGUUCAAUCUUGGUUGAUUUGGUUGCUCAUUUGAAGGAAACAUGUUGUGACCAGUUUGUGUCAUUCUGGUAUGUUUUAAUCCAUUUGUUUGGUUCUGUUGGGCGGAUAUGAUCUGUGCCUUGCAGGUGAUGCCAAAAUCCCGGGCAGCUAACGUGCUUAUUUAGGAUUACAAGCACUGUAUGGGAGUCAACUGUGGCCCAUAUGGUCAACCACACGAGCAUUCAAUGACCACAAAAAAGUUUCAGAAAAUAAAGAAUUAGAUAUCUAAGACAAAAGUAAAGAAAAAAAAAAUGGUGAGUGCGGAAAUGUUAAAAAUGAAUAAUCUUAUUAUCACAUGUAACACAAAAGCAAAAACAACAUAUAUAUUUCAGAAAACACAGCAAUAUUUCAUGAAAACUGAAUUUUUUUUUUUUACAAAAUGAGAAAACUGCAAAAAGCAAAAAAUCUAUAGGAAACAAAAACAUUUUUAUAAAUCAAAAAUAUUUUGCAACACAUACAUUUUUACAAAAAACACAUUUUCAGUUUGACCUUCUUUUGUUAAACAGUUUGGAUUUUUUAUUUGAGAUGUUUUUUUGCCUCAUGAAAUAUUUGUGUACUCUGUCAAAUGUUUUAGUCUUUUGGGUUUUUAGGAAAAGCUUUUUAUUUUGUGAAAUGUUGCUGUAUUUUUUAUUUUUUGGAUUUCAUGUUUGCGUUAUGCGAAACGUUUGUUUCAUGGCAUAUUCAUAAAAUGUUGUUUGUCCUUAAAUGAUUGUGCGGUUGACCUUCAGAGUCACUGCAAAAGAACAUUGAACCACAAACAGCAUGAGGAAUAAGACACUCUAAACCAGCUACAGAAACAGAAUAUCACUGAUCCAUGAGUAUAAAGGAGACACUCGUGUCUACUUUUAUCUUAUGUUCUUAUUUAAUACCAGGGAUGAUAGGUUUUAGCAGCAGGCAUAGACACGUUCAUCAUGCUUGACUCAGGUUUCCAGGACUGGAGUUGUGUUUGUUUCGACUUCCAGUAAAUCCCAGACCUCUGAGCUGGCAAAAUGACAGACUGCUAAAGCUUUUGUGUCCAUUGAAUAGGACUGAGUUCCUGAACCCCUCUUUUUCCAGAGAGCAGUGUUGUCCAUUUCUACUAAUGUUCCCAAGAAGAAGUUUGAACAUUGUAGGCCACUCUCCCCCUUGUUUGCAAUAAUUGCCGUGACUAUUUCUGUCUUGCUGUUCUUAAGUAACCAGAACCACAGUAACCUUUUACCAGCAGCAAAAGCUAUAUAAACAGUCCUUUGCCCAACUCUCCGCUGUGGUGCUGUUUCUGUAUUUGUGGCAUGCUAAGAGGCAGUUGGAGUGGGCGAUGUGUCAGCCUCCUUGCACUUGUCUCGUUCUGGUCUUUCUGAAACCUGUAGUUUGGAGUCUGUUGGUCAUGUUGCUUUGAUGUGCAGCUGCCAGAGAAAGUGGUGCAGGGUAGAUUACACUCGCCCUUUGAUUUGCAUCAGAAGUAUUUUUAAACAAUAUCAGGAAGUGCCUCUUUAUUGCGUUUCUUGCAGUGAUAUUUUCCCAUGUGCACCUGUGUCAUCAGUUGCUUUUAGUUGCAAACUGCAUGCAUUUGGAGGCAGAAAAAGACAACUUAUUAUUUUUUGUUUGACUGUCCUCAGUGCACGCAUGGUCACAAACAUGAACUCACAAUUUUUAAACAAAAUUAAAAGGUUGCCAAAAUACAGUAAGACGAUUGUGUUGGCUGAAGAACUGCAUCAAAAAUAUGCUUUUUCCAGAAGCUCUUGUUUGAUAUGUUGGUGGCUGGAAUUAUGCUUUUGCAGAGAUGCUCUUGAACACUUGUGCAUUAUGUACUCAGAAUAUGUUACGUAGGUGCAGAGUACAAAGAAAAAGGGCUGCAAACAGAAAAAAAAAGAAAACUUUUGUGGAAUGCAGGAAAAUUAAUGAUAAACUGUAGACAUGUUUAAAAGCGGCUUCGCAAAAUCAUAAGAACUGUUGGGAGAACAAAUCACUUUAAGAUGCUGUUUAAAGUUUCCACUCCUUUGUAUCUAAAGUCCUGCUUCAGAGUGCAGCCCUGAAAUGUUUUUAUUGAUAGUGCAGAGAUGAAAUAGAUAUAAAUGAAUGAUAUUGGAAUUUUGCUGAUACUGAUGCAGAUUUUGAUACAGAUACAGAUUCUCAUACCAAUCCAAGUUUGUCAUUAUCCUGCAGACGCUGGCAUCUUCCACCAGACUGAAUGGCUGGUUAUCUAGUGAAGAGAGAGUUUUAGUGAUGUUUAUGUUUUUAGGUGGUCAAGUUUUUGCUGACACAGUUGCACAAUGAAAUGACCAUCCAAGUUAUUAAACAAUUAUAAAAGACCAGGAAAAACUGAAUGCACUGUAUCAUGGCAUCUGUUCUGCUCACAGUCCACCCCACAGAUGGUGAUCACGUGACUGAACUCUCUCAGCAGAUAAUAUGGCCACAGGCUAACAGCCAACAGCUCCAGCUCGGGACAAUCCAUGACCGUCUUUAUGGAGACAUGUCCUGGGUUACACCAUCGGUUGUUAAGAGACAUGACGAGUCCCCCACUUUUGCUUUUCCCACAUGCUGUAGCGUCUCUGUCGGCAGGUCCACAUUAGCAUCCGGUACAAGGUGUGUUAGCCAUGUCUGUAAAGAUGAACAGGCUGCUUUCCGUAUAAAUCCUCUGGUUGUUCAGUGCAGACAGCUCGUCGAUCUUGUUUCCCAUGAUCACAGAUAGAAUAGAGGGUUUGCAGCGCCUUCGGUUGUCUGCUAGCCUAGCUUUAACUUAACCCCAGCCUUGCACCCCCUGGGACUCCUCCUCAGCUCUCAUAUUGUGGUUCGUUCCAUUUUUUUUUUUUGAGCCAGCAGCUCCUCUCUCUCCAAUAAGCAAAAAAACUAAGUUUGAGUUGUUUAUGAUUUUUUUUUUUGGUGUGUAAAUAUCCAUGGGAAUAGUAUAAGAAAACACACCAAAAAAAAGAGAAAAGGCAAUAAAAGCACAUUAUGUCACUAUAAAAAGACUAAAAUGGGUUAAAAAGAAAAAAAGGUGACAGCAAGGUGAGAAAUAGGUUUAAAGGUUUUAAGCACUGAGUACUGUAGAGCUACUGGAGAGGCAGCCGUCUCCUACAGCGCCAUGGCAACAUGCCUGCUGUGUCAUUUUCAGACUCGGCCUAUUUUUGUUUACAACAGCCUCUUGUUGAGGCUAAGGCUUUUCAUGUCAGGGUUGUCUAGUGGCUGAGCCUCUUAACACGAUCCUCAGUUCGUGCGCACCGUCUGCUUACACAAUCCCGAGAUACUGUAUCACCCUCUGUGAUGAUGUUCAGAGGCUGCCGUGGUGGUGUACUCUACCUCUUCAACUCGCCCACAGUCAAAGUGAGAUCAUGGGGGAAUUCAGCUGAAGUAGCAUGUGUUUAUAAAAAGUUCUGUAUCUCAAACACUCGAGUUGGUUGGUCAGUUUUUCUCUGGUGUUCAUGAUGAAUUCAUCAACAGUGGGUUGGCAGUCAUUGCCUUUGCUGUGUUGUUGUUUGAAGGUGUUUGGUGUUCGAUGGCAGAAAGCUGUUUUUACACCAGACUUGCAGAUCUUUCUCAUUGCCUCUGCUGAUAUGAAAAACUCGUCCUCUUCCUCUUUAAAUUGUAAGAACCAAAAGCAGGAAAAAAUGACUUUCCUGAGCAAUUGUAUAACAUUUCUAUUGACCUUAGUGCUCCAAUAAUCAAAUAGUUUAGUGACUGAGUAUCAUAUUGAGUAUUCUGCGAUUAAUACGCAAGUGAAUUCUUUACUGAUUGGCAUUAGUCUCCCACAUUUUGAUGACAAUAAAGUUCAAAGGAAACUUAAACCACACUGAGUGACAGAGAAGACUCUCCUGCUUGUGCUGGCUCUAAAGAUGGAAAUAAAUGUGGAAGUUACUAUGAAAACUGUGAGCCUCUAAAGGGGGCAUAAAAGCCCUCCAGUGUUAGCUGAUUGAAGUCAUUCUUAGAGUUGGAAAAUAUUCACCCCACACAGUUAUUCUGGAGAGAGGAGUGAGGUAUAGGUGUCACAGUGAUGAACAGCCUGUGGUGUUAAAACGCACUCCAAAAAACAGCCACUUACAGUUUUAAGGGUUUAUUUCCAAAAAAUUGAAAUUUCGACUAAAGCUUAAUAUUAAAAUGAAAGGUAAUGAAAGUUGUGCUUUAACUAAGUAACAAGAAAAUAUACACGUGUGGUCAAAAACUGUGUAAAAUCAACGCCUUCACCUGCCUGACACUAGCAUCAUGACACCACCAGCCGUGACGUGUGACCACAAUCAUGUGACCAAACUGAUAACGUCAGAAAUACCAACCAAUGAAUCAACUCUGCUUAGAUCUAACCAGACAAAAAAGACGUCAACCAUAAAUUGUGUUUUCAAAUAUGAAAUGGCUACAACAAUAGGUAUCAAAUCUGUUAGUUUGACCCAUGGUACCACGUUUCCAUCAGCUGUGAAAUGAAGGCUCUUAAAUAUGAGCUCUAAUAGGAUUUCCUCAGCUUUUUGAGACAGCCCCUCAUAGAUACUAGAGUUGACUGCAGUUUUUUGCACUUCUGCACUAGCUUCAUUUUUAAAUCCGGGGGUUGCUGUUUGGUUUGUACAAAAAAUUAUUUAGUUUUUUCUUACCUCUGAAGUGAAACUGACGCCACCUCAACAGCAUUAAGACUCCCAUUAUGCAUCACCCUAAAGCCUCCAAAGCAGGUUGCAAUUACACAUUGUUUAUUUAUUUAUAUGUUGAGUGGUCGUAGAGUUGAAGCAAAGCUCACCACAGCAUUUUGCUUGGAUUUUAUUUUCCAGAUUGAAGACAGAGUUACUUUCCUCGUUGUAAAGGAUAUAUUUUUGCCACUUGUACUUUCAACUCAAAGUGAUACUAGAAUUUGUUGCCAGUUAAACAUUUUUUUAUGUGUUCAACUCAUUGGAGGUGAUAAUCUUAUCUAAAAUCGGACGUUUAGUGUAUCUGUCGUUUUCCUUCGUCUAAUGACUCUCUUUAUCUUGAUCUGGGCUCCUUGACCCGCCUGAUUCCCAACCAUUGCUGAUGCUCUGCUUCAUUCUGCCAUGAGCCGUCCUCUUGAAAUGCCACCGUGGCGCCCAUCUCCAUGGCAACCCCUCUGCCUCUGACAUCAGUACCACCACUCCACAGCCAAUGGGAGCGGGAGAGAGAGAAAUGAGAGCCUUGACACUCUGAAAUCCUGUUGUGCAAUUCACAAGGAGAUUUGGGUGAUUACGCCUGCAAAGACGAACACAGCGUCUUCUGCUUCAACAAAUAAGCUGAAGAUCUAUGCACUCUGCUGCGUGUUGCAUUGAAGCCCAUAUCAAACGCUCAUCAUCAGAGCCUGACGGAAGCAUCUUAUCUCUUAACCGCUGCCGCUGCAUGACAGCCUUUCACAUGUUGCGUCCCCAUAUUUAUCAGGAAACAAAAUACUGUGAAUGAGCACAAACCCUCCUGAUUAAGUUAGAUAACCGUGUUCGGCAAUGACGCUGAUGUUACUCAAAGUUAAAUAUGCAGAAGCAGUCUGGUGGCUUUGAUAAUAUCUAUCUGAAACUCUUAUCUUUAUAUCAAAGUGUGCUCGCAGGAAUUUAAGUUGCAUUGAGUUUAAACACACAGGAGGGCUUUCAUGAUCAACAUUACAGUUUUGGACUCAUUUGUACUUAAACUGCAGUCUUAUUUCUGUAACCGCAAAGCUUUGGUGUUAAAUUUACACCAUUGGCUAGUUCACAGAGCUAUUUUCUCCAUACUAGGGCUGAUUUUCGACGUGCUCCGUGCGUGUUUCUCUGCAGCCUUGACUAUUGUGCAAUGUCAAGGCAAAGGAAAGAUGUCCCUCCCUCCGCCUUGACCCACCAUAAGUAUAUAACCAGCAUAGAUUACAAAUCCCCAGUGUGCAUAUUCUCAGUCUAUAUAUUAACAGGUUGAUGGUAUAGUCAUUAAACAUGUUUAAUUUGAUUUCUCUGUAGGUUUGUGCAGGUGUAGUAGCAACCAUGUAUGGAUAUUUUAUGAUGUUAAACUUCAGACCAGCUGUUAUUUUUAUCAUUGUAUGUUUGAUUGGAGUGAUUAUAUUGAUUCAGUAUUUUGACGACCAGUCUUGAGGGUACAGUUUGCUCAAGAAGUGACAGCAAGAUCAGGGUUAACUGUACCAAACCGUACCAAGCUGUACUGAAGCAAUCCAGACUGCUGGGUGCAAACUCACCAUAUAUCUGUAUUACUGGUCAUUUAAAGGUAUCCCUGCCUUUAACUGAAAAGAUUUUGAUCAUGCAAGAUAAAGUCAGCUCGAUCUUGGUGGAUGUAGAGACUCCCCCGGCUGUAAAAUCCACCACCCUGCUGUAGCUGAUAACAAGCUCAAACAGAGAGACAAAGGUCUUCGAGGGCUGGACGUCAUUCAGCAGUUAGAUCUGGGAGUGGCAGAGUACGUACAGACAGAGAGAUACAUUUAAAAAAAGAGAGGUGCUUUUUUGUUGAAGGGCUACUUGAUAUUAAAGGGUAUUAUUAAGAGUAUUCAUCUCUGUGGGUUAACCACAACUGAUGGGCCUCAAUCAGCAAACCUCUGUUUACAUUUCAGCGCUCUGUCGAAAAGAAAUCUGUAUUGAGCGGUGUAUCAGGUAGAGUGUACAUAGCUGUUUCAGCAUGCACAAAGAGACCAUUUAGUCUUCUCUUAGUGGACACAGCUGUUAUUUACACUGUGAUUCUUUUAGUUUGCAUUCAGAGUGUGAUUAAACUGGCUGUACAAGCAAGUUUACUCACUAACAUCUAACCUCAUGCCAUGUUGUGUGUCGUGAUGCGGGUUGAAGCUAAAAAAGUAGAGGAAAAAGAAGAGUGUAUUUUUGUCAAAUAACUAGCUUGCUUUGGAUCAAACGAAAGAGGUCUUCAGUAUUUGUGUAAACUCUGUUGUGUAAUCAUGUAGCUGCUUGAAGAAACAGGAAAAGGGAAAACUUUAUUUGUACACGAUGCAAGUACAAUAUUCAUACUGUUCAUUUGGGCUGGUAAAGAUCUGUAUACAUCUGUUGAGUGCAGAGAUAUGAAGAAAAUUAAACAAAGGUGCUGCUCAUAAAAUGUAGUGAUGUCUGAUUCUCUAAGCAGAUUGAAUAUAUAUGAUAAAGCUGUUAGGUUUUAUUAGUCACAUAAUGUAUCCCUAACAAAAUGAAAUUCAUUAUUGUGUUUGAAAUAUUCUAAGGCCUCUGAUUUGAGAUUUCUAUACUUUUGUACAGCUGUAAACUGAAUAUAUAAAGGUUGCAACCAUAGAUAUAGACUGUAUAUUGAAUGGAUGCCAUCUUCCUCCUUGCUGGGUGAUAACAGCACCCUUUGGUGACGGGCUGCAGUAUAGGUCAUAAAUCCCACCUCCUUUAGCCACCCCUAUGGAGUUGUGGACAAACUUUAGAAAUUAAUUACACAGAACAUAAAUUUUUCUCACCACUGCUUGCAAUGUUGACAUGUAGUUACAGUAAGACUGGUUUGUGUUUAAGUCCUCUUUUUUUUUCGUGCAGCUCUUUUUUUUUUUUAAAAGUUAUUAGGGGGUUCAUGUUUUCUAUGAUUGACACCUGAUACAGCCUUAUGGACAUACAAAGAUUGCAUAGCUCACCUGACAGAUACGCUGUUUGAGCCGAGUGUCAAAACAGCGACUCUCACCCUGAGUACAUGCGAUGCUACUGCGCAAGUAGUGGUUCCAGGAAUUGGAGAAAAUCCUAGAAAUACCAAGAGCAAUAUGGCUUUAUCUCCGUGUAAUGACGGAGGGGGAGCCAAGUUGUGCAUAGUAUAUACAGUCUAUGGUUUCAACCCAAGCAAGACAUUAUAUGCCAAUUUCCUUUAUUAAUUGGACUAGAAGCUAAGUCAUUGAUGUUGAUAGAAGAUUAUAGACUGAUCAAUUAACAACAGUCAUGGAUCGAUCUCUAAUCGGCUCCAAAGUCUGAUAUUUUUCACCUAAUUGGUGAAUAAUAAUAUCAGCAUAAUUUUAAUGUCAUCUACCAAUAAAUUUUUUAAAAGCUAUUUAUCCGUAUCAGCAGGAAGGAAGAUUUCCGCCUGUGUGCAGCAAAGAUGAUGCAUUAAUUAUGCACAUGAGACGAUGGCUUCGUUGAGUAAGCCAACAACAAGCUCCCACAUGUCCACUGUAUAGAAGUAUUUGGAAGUGGUGUACAGCUGCGUUUUAUAGCUGUGUGUGAUACAAGGUGCAAAACUACUCUCCUUCAGCUCCACAGAUUAAAUUGUACAUCUCAAGAAAUGUCACCAUGCAUAAGAAAUAUAGCAGCGACCUUAUUUUUCGGUGUGUGUUUUUGAAAGAGAUUACAUUUAUUAACUAUGGUUUCAUCAAAUGCUGUCUAUUAGGUUUUGAAUUCUUAGAUUUGAUCUCAAAAAGUGUGCAGUAAACUGUUAGUGAAGCCAUAAACAGGCUCUCUGUCAUUAUUAAGCCAAAUAAUUCAGCCAAAGAAGUGGACAGCCUGAAUCCUGAUGAGUCUUUGCUGUGAAUAGUUGUUGUUGGUUUUUUUGUAUAGGAAUAGAAGAAAUGCUUUUUGGAGUUAUGAUUGUUACUGACCAGGACAAGUUUUAUGUGUUUAUGAUGUUAAACAUUUACAGUUUCUUCCUCGCUAAACGGUAGUGUAAAAGCUUUCUUUCCUUCAGUCUCUUUUCUGGUGCAAAGCUGCAUUUUUGGCAAGUUCACACCAAUCUGUUGAUCAGGGGAAUGGUGUGAAAGCUUUGGCAGUUUUACUGAGGAAGAGAAACAAAAAGUGAACCUUUCUACAACACGAGUCCAUUUCCUCAGAGACUUGGUUCUCUGUGUGUAUAAACACCUCUGCUUUUUUUCUGUUCUGGUUAAUUUUUUAUUUUUACAGGAGUGUAUACAUUUUUUAUGGUGUUUGCAGAGUUGUUGAGUGUUUCAGCCCAGACGGGUCCGUCUCAGCUGUGAAACACAGCAGGAGACAAACGGGCGCACAGUGCAAGAAGGGAAAUGUUGCUUCAUCAGAGUCACUUCCUGAAGUUUCCUCACCUUCUUUGCUUAAAGUGACAGAGACCUUUGCUUUCUCUUUUUUUUUUUUUUUGUAUUUUGCAGUUUUCUUUGCGUGAUAGUUCUCAUCACUAAAAGUAAACUUUGGGUAAUUUGUGUAUCAUGUUAAUGUCAAAAGAAGGUCACUAGGUGUUAGGGAAAGAUUGAGUGUUUCAGGACUUCACAGAGCUAGUUUGAAACAUAAAUCUAAUUUUUAUCAUAAAGCAGUUCAAGUUUGUGUGUGAAGCUCAUAUUCACACUGACACUUCACAUUUCGUUUGCUUGUAACAGGUUAUUGUGGUUAUCAUGCACAGAAGCAGGAAAUGCAUUAUGAUGAAUAAAGGCACAGAAGAACACUGUGUCUAUAAUGUGUGAUUGUACCAUGUUUAAGACCCCCAUGCUGGAAACCUUUUUUUUUUUUUUUCCACACUUGGCUAAGAAGGCCACAUUGUGUGAACUCUUGUGGGCGAUAGUGAGUGAAGCCUGAGGCUCUACUACAGAAACCCAGACGACAAAUGAUGCUUUUUCAAUUCUACGAAACAGACCAAAUUUAAGAUUAAAGAAAGAAAAAUGAAUCUUUUAAGUGGCAGAUAAAUGAAAACAGAUUUGAGAACAAGUGAGUAAAAGUUACAGAAUCAAGACUGAAUAUAAAGCAACAUAGACACGGAUAUUAGAGCCGCAAAAACUGCAGGUAAUCAACAGUUGAAUCUUGUGAUUUUAUCUGUUAUGAGAAACAAAACCAUCUAUUUGUAACUUUCCUAGUGCUAGUUGCUAUCUGUUAUAAAAGAGAGAAGACAGCAAACAGCCAAUCAUGAUAGUGACAGCGAUUGUGAUAAAAAUCAAAAUUAGCAGAAUUUGUUUUUAUGGUGAUAAUGUUUUUGGUAAAAACCACCCAGCUAGAACUGGGCGAUUAUAUGAUCGUGAUCGAUGAUCGUCAUAAAUUUAAGUUCGAUCACUGUGAUCAGCUGAGAGCAUAUUUAUGCGAUCAAACAUAGAGAAAACGUGCGUCACAACAGCCAAUCAGAGACGAGCUGUUCCUGCUUACUUCUGUAAGUUGCCGGAGAAGUAAACAGGAGAAGUGAACAGAAUGACCAAACAUGGAGCUAAACGCGGAGCUGAGGGCAGCAAGAUAGUUGUCAGCUGUGACUUUGAGUCAUCCUCCGAAGAUGAUAUUGUUGACAAGUUAUUCAACGUCAGUUGUAUGGUGGUGGUUCAGGUAUCUCCAAAGUGACGUCGAGUAAUUAAGCCGAUGAGCAUGGUAUGUCCACGAUCGGUGUCCUCAAAAACCAGCAACACAACAAAUCUGUGUAAUCAUUUGAAGAAGUACCUCCCCAAUGAUUAUGCAGAAAGCAUGAAAAUGUGGGCGGAGUCUGCACAGCGUGUCACUGCUGACGACAUGAGUAGCAUUAGCAGUUUAGCCACACCAGACCUAGGCAGCAAUUAAUCAUAUCAUCUACGUUUACAUCAUCUAAUGUUUAUAUUUAAGGCGUCUUUAUUAUCUCUGAGGGGGCGAUUUGUUUAUUUUGGGUCUUGCAUACCUGCAAAAACACUCAGGACUGUAAACUAGUUCACUUUAUUAUUUAGUAUUUAACUACACUUAUUGUACUGUUGAGUUAAAAUUGUUUUUUUUUUAUAUAUUUUGCGGCCUAUUCACUUUGCUUUGUUAUUUACUUUGUAUGUAAAUAAAAUGUUGAACUAAUGUCUAGUUUCUUUAGUUUUUAGUACAGAUGCUUUAAAACAGGCAGUUAGAAAAAAAUCGUGAUAAUAAUCGAGAUCGGACGAUAUGACAAAAUAUAUUGUGAUCAUUUUUUUUGCCAAAUCGCCCAGGCCUCCACCCAGGCCCUAGUCUCUAAACUCAUGUUUUGUCUAACCAGUAGUCCAGAUUUCAAAGAUAUUUCAUCAACAUUUACAAACCAUGGUAAAGUUGCAGGGCUGUUACAACCAAAGAAUUUCGUAUGAUUGAUAAAAAAAAUGUGAAAAUGUUGUUGGUAACAGGAAACUAUCAGGAGCCACGAGCCAGUUCAUGCAGAAUAUGUGUCUAGAUCAGAUAAGUUCAUCAGAUUUCAAAAAGUGCGUUCAUACAGUCAAAAAUAAUCUGUAUUCAUAUAGCAUGAAGAGAAUGUGAUGAACUCUAUGAAACCAUGUUAAAGACUAAUAACAUGAUGGAUCAGAGUUGUGUUUCACUCUGCAGAGUGGAUGCUGAAUUCCACUGAAACAGAGUGAACAAUCAGUGAUGUGACUAAUACUCAGUGUGACUCCAUGUCACGCCACAUUAGUUAAUGUAAAUAUAAGACUGUACUGUAAAUAGCAUAAUGUAAGGACCCUUUAAUCCCCCUGUACCAAUGCUUAACACUCGCUCUUUCCUGCACAGCGGCCUGCUGUGUGUGUGUGUGUGUGUGUGUGUGUGUGUGUGUGUGUGUGUGUGUGUGUGUGUGUGUGUGUGUGUGUGUGUGUGUCUGCUGUUUGAAAACCUGUCCUUUCACUUUGAGCUGCUUUCAAAUCCUUCCCAAAACGCCGCACUCGAUCACGUCUGUCUGUGUGUGGUGUGUGUGCGCACGGACGGUCAUAUCUGCACUCUCUCUGUACACGUUGCCCUUAAGCAUAGUGAACUUCUCCCCUUCUUCCUUCAACCCAACCCCUUGAACAUUGUCAUGGUAACAGCCCUAUUGCAUAACACAGCGGCUGCAGUGUAAAGCCUUGUAUUUCCAUCUCCUUGGAAACAGACCCCCCCCUUCACUCUCUCUUAAACCCCCCCCUCCCUCUCCUCUGUGCGCCUUCCUGGGCACUGAGCAUGCUCAGACAACAAUGCAGAAGCAGAGGAAACAGGAAAGGCAGCUCAGAGCAGAUUCACUGUUGCAUACCAGAGCCUGCAGUCUGUAUUAAGAUAAGCGCAGAGAUACAAGUGCUGGAUCACAUCAUAAGAACAGAAAAUCAGAUGAAUAUUGUGUGUGCAUUAGUAAAGAUGUGUGUUGUUGAGGUUUUUAGGGCUACAUUUACCCAGAUUAUCAGGGUUUAGUUGGCAUGUUUUGUGCUGCAUCAUUCCUUCACAACCACUCCUGAGAAAUUUGACCUUGUACGCGUUUAUAGCUGAAAAAGACGAACAUUUUCACCCUUCACAGACAUGCCGAUUAUUAUCUUGUACAAAAAUUGAAUCUUCGAUCAAUAAAAAAUUGCAAAAUUUCCAAUUAAAGUCACUCAGAAUUAAAAAGUAACACAUUUUCUGUCGUAGAAUAAAAGAAAAAAUGUGUAUCUGUUUGUGAAGCUGGGCUAUUUAUCUUUGUGGGCUAUUAUCUUUUCAACUCAUUAUCUAGUUGUUGUACACACCUCCCUUUUGUGUUAAAUACAAGUGCCCUGCCAGUGUUUGUGCAGUUACAAAUCAUGGCCAGACGCUGUAGACGGGUGUCACUGUCAGCUGGCUCUCAGUAUUUAUCCCAGUGUUGUUUCCAGCAAAUUCAUGCAAUCAAAACCAACGAAAAAGUAGACUUCAUAAGUCCUGAGUGUUAGCAGAUGUUUAAGUCCACCCUGCACUGAUAAAGCCGAAUAAGUCAAGGGUCUCAUAGUAGUCACACACAGACACUUGAAUACUACACACCAACGUUGGUGUACUUUGUACUUCCUCAAAAAGUUUGUGCUUUCACACGUCUGGACAAACUAAUAAGGAACUGAAGGGCUUGUCUUAGUAAACACUAUAAAAUGAGGAGUUCACAGAGAUGGUCUUCACCUUUUCUGCACCAACGUUAGAUGAACCUCCUUCUGCAACAUCCAACACAGACUCCUUUACAUUUUCUAUAUUUUGAAAGGCUCUUGUAAAGGGUUACUGCCAGCAACGAAAUCAUUAUCCUUUGUCCGAAUGUAGAACAGUUUCGUAAAUCAUUCUGGACACAUGGAGACUGCUAAGACAUCUUGCUUAUGCGUUUACUCAGAGCAUGAGAAAAAAGUCCUGCAGGCUGUAUCAUUGUCUGUUCUAAAAACAAUCCCAUGGUCUGUCGGUGCCAAACUGGCUCUGCUCCGGAUCAGAUCUUCUUCGCUCUGAUGAAUAAGUCUUGUAGCAGCUCCGUGCUCCUCUCUCCACCAGGGUAUCUGCUGCUGCUUCUGCUGCAGUACAACAGUUACAUGGAGGACUUUUUUUUUUUUUUUUUUCCUCCCACACACACACAUUCCUCUCACACAAGUGGAAAGGAAGGUCACUCAUAUUUCCCUCACAGAAGGCUGGCACACUUGUGUUUACAUUUCAGUCCCUUCACCACCAUCACUAUAGCAACUCCUUUUCUUAUUCUGUCGUACCGUGUGGGCGGUCUUCUGUCAUUCCUGUUGUUUGUAAUGUGCAGAAAAUAAAAUAAAAUCACACUUGGCUCGAUGUAAAUGAGGCUGCUCAAGAACUUCAGGAAACCAUUAGCAUGCAUGUUUUCUCUCUUAUUAUUUACCCUUGGUUGAGAUUUAGCUUUUGUGAUGGCAGCAAAUUCUGAUUCAGAUCAGACCACCUAGAAAUAAGUUUUUGUAGUAUGAAGCAGUUCUUUGCAAAUCUCAUGAGUCAGCUCAUGAUGUGUUGAUUGGGCUUUGGUUUUGAUGCCCCAGUUGCUGUUAGCUGAUAAUGUCUGGCUAGUUUGCAGACCACAUCCGGACUGAUGUUUGUGGCUCUGAAAUAAGUGGCAUGAAUAACCUGUUCAUGUUUCUCACAGCACUCAGAGGAAAUGUCAGAGGACCUUUUUAUUUGCAUUUAGUGGCUUUCAAAAUAGAGAUCAUUAAAUUUAGUCGCCAGUUUUAGCCUCAAUAGUGUUGGAUUUAAAAAUAUCUCAACCUGAGUUGGAGUGAGGAAGUGAAAACAGGCAGAGAAGAGUGCGAGAAAGUCAACAGUAGACAUGUCUGUACCUGGGAAAGUGUGGAGGAGUGGAACUGAACAAUUAGUCUGCUGGGUGUAGACGCCCUCCAACAAUCAGCCAGACAUUUUCUCACACCUGAAACUGUAUUUUUAUUUCUCUUAAUUUUACUGCACCGUGCUUCAUUUGUGGAAAAGGGCUCUAUUACAGUAUAAUCUAAUUCUCCUGAUACAAAAACUCUCAAUUAUAGUCAUUGGCUAUCAUCCUGUCGUAUUGGCAGACUCAUUAAAGGCACCUGAACCUUCCAGCUGUUAGGAAGCUGCUGUCUCAGCACAGCGGUAGAGCACAGAAAACAAUUAAAAUAGUGCAGAGUGAACAAGAAAAAGGAAAUAAUUGCAGUGAUCAUUAAACAUGUUGGUGCUUGAUGGUGCAAACUGGUCCAAGCUUUGCCCCUAAAAGAAAAGACCUGCAGGCAAAAACAUGUAGCCUACAGCUCUUAUUCAUUCAGCUAAAGGCUUAGUGCGUAUGAAUAGAUGUAAUUGUUUAUUUCUGACGCGAGAUAAUGUUGGUAACUCAUUUACUUUUUCUGUUCCAUCAAAUAUAGACGCCUUAAAUGUCUUUUGAGCCUGAAUAUAAGAUGUUAUUUUGUAGAAUGAUGUCUAAAAAAGUUUGAUUAUCUGAUAUUCCGUCUCUCACUUUUACCCUGACACCUGUCUUGACUCAAAGGUGCUGCUGCUGCUUCUUGGUUGGAGAGUCUGGCUGUUCUCUGAAGUGUCAGAACAGAUCAAGCACAGGACUGGGAUUCAGUCUACAGUGUUGUUGGUCACUGAUCACUCUGAUACUCUGCUUUUUUUAACCCACCACAACGUCUGCUCUGGUGUUAGAGGAAGUACAUCUCUAUUGCAUGAGCACCAGAACUAAAAUAUGUGUGUGGCAAUAACAAAACAAGUGUGUAAACGCAUGAUGAUAAUACGGUGAGUCCUUGUCAUGGCAGAUUAGCUAUUCUUGGGUAAUUUUUACUCGUAUUGUGUGUGAAGUGAUCAUGUUAAAUCAAAAUGUCAGCAAACUAUGGUUGCAGACUACUACUACUACUACUUUUAGAAUCAUUUUUGAAAAUACCUCCUUUCUAUUUUAGAAAACAGUAUUUUAGUCUGGAAACAUAAAUAAUUUUUUAUGCUUUAAUUUUCAUUUCCCAUACUUUUUACACCUGGAAAUUGGUCAAAUUUAUUUCCAUACUUUUCCAAACUUCUGUGGGAAUCCUGUCAAAUACUAAGUAAUUCUCUUAGCCUUAAAGCUCACAUUUGAUUUAAUACUCAGUUACUACAGAAUAUGACUUUAAGGUAAAUGAUUUACUGCUGGUUAAACUUAUAGUUCACAGAGCUUUUCUUUUGAACCCUUUUGUGUUUUUUUUGUAGUUUUUUUUAUUUUUUUACCUUUAAGAUAUUUCUACAUUUUGAUUAAUUUGAAACCACCAACAUUAGUAUUUGAGCCCUGGUCUGAAGUUGUACAGCUCCAGUCUUAGGAAGGGUUAUACUGCGAACUCUGCCUGUAAUGGUGUGGGAAACCAAAGUCAGGCCGGGUUUAUCUUGAUCAGGAAGUGAGAGCUCUUUGUCUCUCUCCCUCUGGCGUGCUGCAGCACACUUGAGGUGCAUUGUGGUGUGCUGCACAGGGGCAUGGCCUCGUCAUAUUUAAUUUCACUGCAUCCUCUCUGCUGACUUGCAAUAGUUUGGACCUGUUCUGGCCUCUGAUUCAGCUGAGCUGUGUCAUCAUGCUAAACUGGUCAGGUAUCAUUGCUUGGGAGUUUUGUUUCACUCCUACAUUCCUGAUCCUUUGUUUAUCAUGCAGAUACUGCAGCAGUCUAACUGCUUACAUCAGAGGUGUGUUUUAUGUGUUUGAAGACACUGAUAACACAAACCCAACUUUUCCUGCUCGAUUCUUUCACAGUAAAAGCUCUUCAACAAACCAACAAAAGGGAGUGUUAUCUGUCAGGGUUAGUUUCUGAUCAGUCAAACUUUCUCAGCACAGCAAAACAUGAAUUAGAUUUUCCUGCUCUUAUGAUCAUAGCAGUGAAAACAAACCUGCUAAAUGUCAUCAAGCUGUUAAACCUUUGCUUUGGAUUUCUGGUUCAGUGAACAGAACUGCAUCACAUGAUACAGGGGCCAGGCACAGCUUUGUGUCACACUCCAACUUUUUGCAGCUUUUUUUUUUUUUUCUUAGCAAAGGUCUGUUAGUAAUAGUAAAACUGAUUUAUUUGCCACAUCAGAUGCUGUUCAGAGAACAAAAAAACAACAACAUGCAACAGGAGAUUAAAACAUAUGCAUCACUAUUUUUAUAGCUGAAACUAUGUCAAGAAUGGGUGGAAACUGCAUGGUGACGCAGAUCAUGGUCCCUGUGGAGCUUUAAAGUCUAAAAUGAAAUGUUUUAAGUUUAAGGCCUUCACAAGUCUUCACUGUUAUGUGUUUUAGUACUUAAUCAAACCUACUCUCCACAGUUAAUAUUUGAUGAUAUUAAAUUAAAGGUUAAUCUGUUUGGGGCUCUGUCAUUAUGAUUGAAUUUAUUUAUUUAUUUAACUUAUUUUUUCUAUUUUAUUUUUUCCAAACAUGUGCGUGCAACACAAGAAAGUAAACUGAAAACAGACAAACAAACAAAAGCAAUGAAAAUAUUCAAAACAACACUAACAAUAAUCAAAGCAAAGAUAAACAAACUACUACUAAUAAUAAUGUGAACCCAAUAUGUCUGAAAAGUAGUAGGAUGAAGCAUUAUGCUUAUUUCAGUCUACCCCUUUACAUUACAUGUACAAAAAAUAGAAAAUAAAUAGAGUAAUAUAAUGGAGUAAAUAAAAAAUAUCAAUUUUUAGCAUCAGCAAAACAGUAACUGUAUGGGACAACAGACUGCAGUAUUGAUAUGUGCAGUGCUCUUUAAUGUCAGGUGUCAUCCUUUUCUGGAUCAUGGCGUCUAAUCUUCGGCUUUUGUGUCUCCUUAAACCUCUAGCUCUGCCUAUGACCGGGACAACAAGAUCCGUGUGGCCAUCAAGAAGAUCAGCCCCUUUGAGCACCAGACGUACUGCCAACGCACCCUGAGAGAGAUCAAAAUCCUGCUGCGCUUCAAACAUGAGAACAUCAUCGGAAUCAACGACAUCAUCCGCACACCCACCAUCGACCAGAUGAAGGAUGUGUAUCCUUUCGACCCAGGAUCAGAUCCAGAUUAUACAGUCAGAGACGUCAGGACAUGGUCUGAUUGUUUCACUGUGUAAUGAUCAUUUAGUUUCUCAUGGUUUACCACAGACGCUGUGUUUUAUGCUAAUAUUUUCAACAGUCAGAAUGACUUCUUUGUGCUGCCAGUGAAUUGGUCUCACACUUUGGUGUUUGUAGUUCAUUCUUGUUUUUCAGUUGUAUUUCAUUACGUAAUGGCCACCUGUCACCUUGUAUUUGGCAGGGACACGCUUCGCUGUUGCCCAGAAACAACAGUGGCAAACUGGUUUGAGCCCAUAGUUACUGUCAGUUUCAUAAAUCACCGUGGGAAGUUCUAUACUCCUCUUUACCUAAAGGAAAUAUCUGUGACUUUAGCUCUCGGCUAAUCAUCUCACGCUUCCUGCUUUCGUGAUAACUCAAGCUAUCACCCACAAACCCCUCCAGAUACAGUAUCUUUCUGUCACAGAGAUAAUGUCUCCUCUGAGAGGUGGCAGAACAUACUUUCAGCAUGUUGUAGCUGUAGGAACAACACGUUUAACCACCAUUACACCUUCAGACAGGAAGAUUUCAAGGUUGUCUGAAAGACGAGUCUGCUCGAGUCAGAACUGAUGUACUUCUUGAAAAGUUGUAAGCCCAUUGCUGAUGAAAUCCAUCAUGAACAAGCCAGUACAACGUUUUUAUAGGUUGGCUGCUACGGCUCAGGAUUACAGGAUCAGUAAAUCAUGGGCUAUUCCUUGCAUUUCAAACAACUUUAUUAAUCCCUUUAGGAGCAAAUGAUUUGUAGCAGCUUGUUUAUAACAGGCAUAAAUAAGUACAGAGAAUUAUAGACAACAGGAAAUUAUACAUAGGGGCUAAAAUGAGAAAUUGAAUUUACAAUGAAUACUGAUAUUUAACUGACUGAUCAAUCAACAAAUGAAGAGAACAAUAAAAAGGAAUACACUUUCAAAGAAGUGAAUCACUGAUAUGACGACAAUCUAAGUUGCUCAAGUGUAAAAUUUUGGCUGGUUUAACUUCUGCGCUCUGAUUGUCUACAUAAAGAUCCCACAUUGUAGAACAAAACUAUACAAGCCUGAUAAAGGCAGUAUGUGAAUGUGUUGAUUCAGAGUGCAUUGGUCAUGUAUUUCCUUAACUCAGCUGCGUGCAGAUAUAUCGUCCAGGAUCUCAUGGAGACAGACCUGUACAAGCUCCUGAAGACUCAACACCUGAGCAACGACCACAUCUGCUACUUCCUCUACCAGAUCCUCCGAGGGCUUAAGUACAUCCACUCUGCCAACGUCCUGCACCGUGACCUCAAGCCCUCCAACCUUCUGCUCAACACCACCUGUGAUCUCAAGGUAGAAGCUCAAAGAGACGCCAACAUGAUUAAAACCUGUAAUCAGUGACUGAUAAUCCCGAGUUAUAUAAAUGAUUCUGAAGUUUAGCGUUGAACCUUGUUGUUUUAUAUCAGAGCGAAACGUUCAAUGAGCCGCUUGUCAUUUCAUGGACAGUGAAAAACUGAUUGUUCUGUAACUCCUCCUCCUGCAGAUCUGUGAUUUCGGUUUGGCUCGUGUGGCUGAUCCUGACCACGAUCACACCGGUUUCCUAACAGAGUAUGUAGCCACUCGUUGGUACCGAGCACCUGAGAUCAUGCUCAACUCCAAGGUGAGAGUCUUAACCUGCCUGAAGUUUAACAUCGGCUCUCUGUGAUAAAAGGAUGAUCGAGCUUUGUGUUUCUUUGUCUGUCGGUUUACUAACGAUUAUAAUGUGUUAUGUACUACAGUUGAUCUUUUUAAAGAGUGAGGCACCUACACUGUGCUGGCUUAACUUGGAACUUAGUUUUUCAUCAAUGAAAUAAUGCUAAUUAUAUUGUAGACAUAAUUUAACUGGUUUUUAAUUAUGACUGCUUUAUACUGAAGUCGUCACUGUCUCUCUCUCUCUUUUUAUUUCUCUCUCUCAGGGCUACACCAAGUCCAUAGACAUCUGGUCAGUGGGUUGCAUCCUGGCUGAAAUGUUGUCUAACAGGCCAAUCUUUCCGGGGAAGCACUACUUGGAUCAGCUCAACCAUAUUUUGGGUAAUUUAUUUUUUAAUAUCUGGUGUUUUUAGGAUUGCUGUGGUGCUGCUGUAGUGUGAUGAUUCACCAAGUUCAAAGUCAAAUUUCUGUAAAUUAAAAUUUGCAUAAUUGCAGAAGUGUUCACAAGUACUCUCGGGCUGUGUCUGAAAGUUCACUUUAUCUCUGCUCAUGUUUUCUUGGGUAAUGGAUUAAGCUGGGGUAAAAGUCGGUCAGUUAGAGCUUUCAAAAGCCAUCCUCUUUUGUCUCAGAUAAUCAGAUUACCUUUCAGGAUUUGAGAAACCAGAGAUAGUCACAUUUAAAAAGCUUGAAUUCUGAAUACUUAAUUUGUUGUCUGUCCUCUCUCAGGCCUGUCUGUGGACCAUUAUUAUGUCAUAUGCUUAUUCCAUGUGUCUUUUUUCUGUGAUCGGACUGACAUUUUUUCACAUGAAAACCUUCAAACGUGGCUAAAAACUUAGAAUGAGAGCUUUGUGAAACAGUGACCAGCACAGUAACUGUCGUGGUUUUAAUCCUCUGCAAAAACUGCUCUUCUAUCUUCAGGGGUCCUGGGUUCUCCCUGUCAGGAGGAUCUCAACUGCAUCAUCAACAUCAAGGCCAGGAACUAUCUUCUGUCGCUGCCUUCACGCACCAAAGUGCCGUGGAGCCGCCUCUUCAACAAUGCCGAUCCCAAAGGUCAGCGUCUCUUCAUAUACGCACGAUUUCGACCUGCCUUUAAAUUCCAGUGAUAUUAGAAAUCUGUCCACUGGUCAGAGCUCUCCUUCGUCUGCACACAACUGCUCAUCAUUUCCUCCGAGGAUUCCUGGACAGAAUCUCAUUUUAUUUGGAGAGUGCAGGGACAAAUCCGACCACUAGAACAGCCAAACAAAAUUAAAGCCCUGUUCACAUCCCUGCCUCCAAGAAAUUUCAAGACAUGAUGUAAAAGAACAUAGUGACCAUGCUGUGUUAAUGUGUCCUUUUUUUUUAAUGGUGGGUGAAGUAAAGUGUAAUGCUUUGAUGAUCAGUUAUUCCCUUGCCUGCCCCUGAUGUUUGCCUGGACUGUCUUGCCUGGACUUUCUUUCUGGUUUUUAUUGACACAUGCAGCUCAAAAGAGGCAAAAACGGUGUCAGGUCGAAGCAGGCAUGAUGUUUUAGUGUAGCUAAGUAGGACUAAGGAGAAUACGAAGCAAUUUUCACACUCUUUCAGUUCAACCUGUCACUGGCAGGUACACAGAAAUAUCAACAGUUUUGAUGAUAUGUUUUUGUUUCCUGUAAUGCUAAGAUGUAAGGAGUGACAGUCAAGAUACAGUGCAGCAGGUAGCUUCAAGAUAAUGAUAAUAAUAAUAACAACAACUUUAUUUAUAUAUCACCUUAUAAAUGAAACAAACCAAGGCAGAGACAGACAAAGGAAAAUUGACAGUUGAAAAUGGACAGCUAAAUAUUGGCGGUUGAUGGUUGACGGCAUUACAUCAGGAAGGUGAAAAAGAAGAAGGUGGAUAGAGGACAGAUAAAAGAGAGAGAAAAAAAUACAUAGAUAAUAAAAUAAGAUAAGGUAAAAUAAGAGUAAUAAUUAAAAGAGAGGGAAUGUUACGGCAGCGUAGAGCUGCCAGACCAAAAAAAUAAAAACCGAGAGGCUCAGUAUCACGUAAUUACGUGAAAGUUUAUUGUUAUAACAAUAUCGUUUCACGUUAGAACGUAAAAAUAUCACGUAAUUUCAUGAUAUGAAGUUUUCAUGUUAUAACGUUAAAGUAUCGCGUUAUUUCAAGAUAUAUUUUCACGUUAUAACGUGAAAGUAUCACGUUAUUUCAUAAUAUGAAGUUUUCAUGUUAUAACGUGAAAGUAUCACAUUAUUUUACUGUCUGCUGGCCAUCUGUAAAUCAUGGCUCCUUUACAUUAUGCCAUUAGAUUGAGGCUUGAGACAUGGUGAGAUUUUAGAGUUAUUGGGCUCAGUGGAUGAGAUUUAUAUAAGCAUGCGUACCCUGAGAAGAAUUUUGAAAACAAUGGGGUUAUACCGGAGGAAAAACGAGUCGGACCCUCUUGAGGUAGCGUCAUUCCUCAUUGAUCAGCUGGAGGGACACGGCCGGCUGCAUGGAUACAAGCUCCAUCACCUCAACUGCAUCCAAGCUGAAAUAACGCGAUACUUCCACGUUAUAACAUGAAAACUUCAUAUCAUGAAAUAACCUGAUAUUUUUACGUUCUAACGUGAAAAGAUAUUGUUAUAACAAUAAACUUUUCACGUAAUUACGUGAUAAUGAGCCCCCAUUUUUUUUCUCUCGAUGUGGCAGCACCACGCUUCCAUAGAAUGUAUUAAAACAUGAGAAAAUGGUAAAAACAGGAUUAAAAUUAAUACUAAUAAGAUAAAUAACUGAGAAGGUUAAACAAGAGGUAUGCAGGCAAUAAAUAAAUCAUGCGUCAUGGAAAGGCAUCAUGUAAAAGCAAGUCUAAAAAAGUGAGUUUGAAGAUUUGUUUCAAAAGAUGUGACUGAUUGAUGUUUUCAUUUUGAACUUGCAGCCAAAGAUUGAUCACGUAGCAUGACACUUUUUCUCAUUUCUGCACAAAAGGUCAUGAACAGAUCGUGUGCACCUGCUGAGAUAUUCCCCUCUUUUCAGAGCACAAAACUUAGUUUGGUCAGUUUUCACAAGCACUCCAUCUCUUGAGUAAUUUUGCAAGUUGUGUUGUAGUGAUUUCAUAAAUACUUAUAAAUUUGAAGAACUGUUUUGAACCUCCAAAAAUAAAAUCCACAGUCACCCUGGGUGUGAUAGCGUCCUCUAGUGGACAGGAAAGCUCAGUAUGGUUCCGAAACCACCUUGGAUAAACAAAGCCUUAUCCUUGUCUCGUGUUCUCAUCCUUGUGUGGCAGCUCUGGACCUACUGGACAAGAUGUUGACCUUCAACCCUCACAAGAGGAUCGAGGUGGAGGAGGCUCUGGCGCACCCCUACCUGGAGCAAUAUUACGACCCCACAGAUGAGGUGAGACUUUUGUGUGAGAGGCCCUGAGAAGACAUGAACAAUUAAGACAGCAUCUUUAUAGUUUAAAGAGUUUACAAGUCUCCGCUGUGUGUGUAAAACAAUAUGUCCUCUUUCCUGUCUCUCUGUGCAGCCUGUUGCUGAGGCCCCCUUCAAGUUUGACAUGGAGCUGGAUGACCUACCCAAAGAGACACUGAAGGAGCUGAUCUUUGAAGAAACUGCACGUUUCCAGCCCGGUUUUAGGUCCUAACGUCUCACACAGGUGAGCCCAGGUCCCUGCAGACUGCAACAUAAACAGAGAGACAGAGAGAGAGAAUAUUUAUAACUACAGCCGAAAAACAAUGUUGUCAUAGGCUGCACUGAAGUCUUCAAACUACCCAACUUUUAAAUGUCAAAAAGAUCAGGAUGAUUCUCGCCGCAGUCCCACCUCCACUACUUAAAAAAACACAGCAGCGUUGAGUGUCCAUCAUGAAAACUACUUUGAGCUCAAAAACAUGGAGUGAGUGGUGUUCAGCUUCAAAAACGACUGAUUCAGUCCUGCUAAAUUUAACAACUCACCGCAUAAGAGCCAAAGUAAAGACCUCACUGAGGACACACAAUAUAGAUUUGAAUUUUGCUUUUGCAGAGUGUGAGAAAGAGGCUCUUCAGCGGGAUAAAAGCACUUUGAAAAACACCUAUCUAAACUGGUACUCUAGAGGAAAACCAUCAAGAAUCAUCUGCUUUAGAAACUGCAGUAGUGCUGGAGUUUACAUAGUUCAGACACGAGAGGAUGAGCCAGUGUUUUAAUUUUAGAGUAACUUAAAUAUAACCUCUGAGGUAAUAAACCUCCUCCUUUAACUGUGUAAUGUGUAAUGUUGUGAUAAACUAAUCUAAGACAAACAUCACUUAUCAGUUGAAUUGUCCGAAAACUUACUCAUUGACUCCAGAAAGCAUAGAUUUCUGGAGUAACAGGUCAUUGUUUAUCUUGAUUGAAGCCUUGCAGAUGAGGUUUCCCUUAUUUACAGUGCUGUCAAGAGAAGAGAAAUGCUCAAUCACAACAAAUAAGGCACAACCAAAAUCAUAUUUUUUAAAGGUCAGAGUGAACAUAAGGGACCUUAAAUGUGAGUAAGUUUUGUAAGGGUACACUGGUUCAGUUUAGGACGGAUACAGGUGUUCAAACAUGUGGAUCCAUCUGUGUUGUCUUGUUAUGUUCAUAGCAUCAAAUAUGACUGAAAACUUACAAUCUUUCCAUCACCAGUUAGUUUUGCUUGUGAUGAACGUAGGAACAAAAUAUCAACAAAAAGACGAGCCACUUUCUGUGCAGGCAUUAAACAACCAAGAUGUCGCGGACAUUUACUGUUACAAAGGUCAGAAUCUAAAAGAGCAUUAAGCGAUAACGUCAUCAUUUCCUGCAGUAAUGACACUCCUCAGAUGACGUGUCCAUCCCCCCAAUCUUGACUAACCACCAGCUGCUCGCUGUCAGGGCCUGUGCCUGUGAUAAUAACCAUCAGUGAUGUGUUUCAUAGCCUGUAAUCUGCUUUGUGUCCGAGUAUGCAAUUACUGUUUCCCCUCUGCAGGGCUUCAAUCUGUAACAGUAGUCCCCUUAAAAAGAAAAGCAAGUGUGGCGUCCAGUAAAUGAGAACAUCAGAAGUUACGUUUGUUUGUGCAGCUUGAACAUGUUUUCAGUUCUUGAUCAGUUAUUUCUCUAUCUUUGAGCUCUGUGUACCUUCGACUCGACAAACAGGCAAGAGUUUUCAGCUGUAGUUUGAUUGUAAUCUAAUCUAAUCUAAUCCAAGUGCAGAUGAACCAAAGGUUAGAAGCACUGCAGCUCCAGAGAGCAGAUAAAGAAGUGUCUGACCAAUCUGACAACAUGAGGGCAUCUGUAGAACAAAGAGAAAAUACGGAAACACUUCAGAAAAAAGGAGACAAAAAGACUUUAAGGAGACAGUAAAAAGUGAUGCUCACAACUGGAACAAACGGGAGGUAUCUAUGGAGGACAGGGAGCUCAAGAGCAGAGUUACAGAAACCUGCUUUAUAGACUAUUUGACGCCUUGUUAGACGCUGAUAAUGUCAGCAACUUCAGCACAUUGAAUAAAGUACUGGAUAAACCCAAAUUCAGGCUUUACGCUUAAAAGUGAAGUAAUUGUUUCAGCUCAUCCCUUUAUCUCUGUUUCUUCUCGUUACAGAUGACUCUGUGGACUGGCUUCUGCGUUGCCACUGCUCCUCCCCGCCUCCACACUGUUGCUGUGAUGGUUUUCCUUUCUUUUUUUUUUGUCUUUUUUUUUUCCCCUCUCCUGUUGUCCACAUCACCUGGAUUCCUUGGGUCUCACUUGUCAAGUCCACUUUGCUCAGGAAUGGCGUCAGGAAUCAAUCAAUCAAAUGAUCAUCCUCUGCCUCUCUAUCUUUCUCUUCUCUCUCUCUUUGUCUUUCUUUGAGGUGAGGGGGGAAGGGGAGGAGAUGGAGGGUGGGUUUUCACGUCACAGCUUACAGUGUGUGUGUGUGAGGGGGGUGAAUUUGUGUUUUAAGCCAAGAUAAACAAUUUGUGUGUGUGUCUCAAAGGCGUUUGGCUCUGGCUAUUCCUAUACAAGACCUUCUCUGUCCGGUUGAAUGACAGUGAUAGAUUAGCUGUUGUGUUUUCGGUGCCGCUGUCGUGGUUAUAACUCUGCCUGCAUUGCACAAAAACAUCAGACGAUUACUUAAAAGAAUCAUCCAUCAUUAAAAAAAAAAAGGAAAAAAAAAAAAAGAGGUCUUUUGAAUUUUCUAACCUUUGUCGCACUGUUACAAGGGAUACCUUGCCUCUGUCUUUACUCUCUCUUUGGAAAAGGUAAAAUCCCAAAUUGAUUUAUGCAAUGAAAUCACAUAAUCAAGCAGAUACUUUGCAGGCCACAAGCCAUCACUUAACCUUUUACUUUAAUUCUUAACACAUACACACUCACACUUACACACACACACACACAAAGACCCAAAUGCAAGUAUAUACAUAUAAAUAUAAAAAUAAUUAUAAAAAUACAUAUAAAUAUAUAUCUAUAGCCCAAAGAGUCUUAACAUAUUAUAAAGGCAAAAGUGAUGAUAGAUGGUUAAUCAGACGAGUUUAUAACCUUUUUUUCUUUGUACUAAAAACAAAAAAAAAGCCCGUUUUCAUUCCUCAUCGGCUUCAGUGAGGCGUCAGUCUGUGUAUAAGUGCGUAAAAAUGGAAAGGUUUCCCCUCUUGUGUCUGCCUUAGCCAUGAGAAACUAUAAGGAAAAGUCUGUUUAACUCCUUCAAGUCUGUAUGUACAGUAAGAUAUGUUCAUAAAGGGUAAAAUUAAGAUGAUCACAGAUCUUGUUUCGUCUGGAGGAAGUGUUGUCAGGCCUCCCUCCUCGUUCCGUUCCACGUUUUUCUUUCUCUCCUUCAGUCUCCGUUUAUCUCUCUCUCGCCUUGUUAGAAGAAAACUGUGCCCUUUGCAUGACUGUUAUAAGCUCUGUAUACAAAGACGACCAUGUUAAAGUGCCACAGACCGAACCAGGAGAAGAGCGCCCAGGCUCUUUGUGUUCCAGCUUUUGUGGUAUAUCACACGCAACAAUCACAUGGUGCUUUUUGUUUCUCCUUUCUUUCGCUUCAGCGCUCACUUUUUUAAUCAUUUUCUGUCGUUGGAGUGUACAGAUGUCAGUCCCCUUGGCUUUAGCUCAGCCUCUAUCUGCAUGCUGACGUCAUCUUGUGGUUGCAAACAGGAGGGCGACUCUGUACUGUCUCUAUUUGUAACAUUUGUUUCCCCGACCAGAGAAAAGUUAUGCUUAAAGCUUAACAGGUCAUGUUUUCAGUUUAAUCUAUAUGGACAUGUCAUUGCUUUAAAUUACACAUUUUUACUCUGAAGACAUUUGGCAAGUUUUGGUACCAGCAGACAAACGCAGUAGAGUUUCAAAAGGACAGAACUUGAAAUGAAAGUAAAACCAUAUUUUGAAUUCUUGACUGUUGAAUUUUAAAGAUUUUCUUUCAAGCGAGAAACACCGAGCUGCAUCAAACAAUGGUGUCCCACAACCUUAGCGUCACUGCAGCCUUCAAAAGCUGCCAUUUGAUUUUAACAACAAGGGCCUCAAAUACUGUAUAUCUUCAUCGUUCACUUAGCCUAGUCUGUAUCUAAACAUCAAAAGUUCAUUUGGUUAUGUUUGAGUGAUACAUUUAUUGAAACUAAGAGGUAUUAUUUUGAACAUUAAAGCGUCUUUUAGUCAUAUAAAAUUCAAAUCUACCUAAAUCACUUCAAAAAAUUUUGCUGGCACUUAAAGAAACUAGGGAUUGAAACCUGUAAUAAGACCUUAAAACUACUAUCAAGAUGCUUCUUCAAAAAUGACAUUAUGUGGACUGUGAUCAAAGUGUUGGUCAAGUUUUUAACUCAAGAAAUUAAUGUUUCUGUAAGAUUAAAUGUAACCCCAAACUCAAGUUUUUGUACUUCUUCAACGUCUGCAAACACAUCCACAAGCACAUUUGAGUUCUACAUUUGUUUCUCGGAGGGCCAAGCCGCUCUUGUCAGUUGAAAUCCCAGUGGACAGAGCCAAAGAUCUACAGUGUAAUGUCAUGUUUACUUCCUUUUCUUUUUGGCUGAAUAAUGUUGACUCAGACUGAGUGGGAAAGUAGGGGCUAACGGAGCAUGCUAAUGCUCUGCUGUUUUGCUCUCAAGCCAUAAUGGGUCAGUCAGUUACUCUGCUGCACCUCUGACCACGCCCACCAGUUAUGUCACUGUGUUCUGACACGCCCUACAUCACUGCAGCCAAGUGAGACUUUAAACCUCUGAAAAUGAGCAAAAACAGGAGUCAAGGAUGAACUAUAGCUCUUAAAAACGAAGCUGUUAUUAAUUUAGUAAGCCAGCUGAUUUAUUUUUCUGUAAAUGUUUAUCAUUCCCAGCUUGAUUUUAUGAAAGAGCUAUGUAAUUUGGUACUAAAUCUAAGUAAAUUAGAGCCUAUCUUUAAUAGGGCUGAAACAAAGGAUAACUUUUGUCUCUGUUCAGUGUGAGGAUUAUCACACAAAAAAAUACUAAGUCGGAGUCCAAGCUGAAAAUAUGUGUUGAUAACCUUUUUCUAAUCCCAGCAACAGACAAAAACAAAGAUAUCAUAGAAGCAGUCGUAGAAACAAGUAUUGUAGGAAUCCCUAACUAGCUAAUGCCUCUCAGUUCAAUGGAGGACUUGUCGUUUUUAAUUUUUAGUCAAUGAAAGAUCAACUUUUUCUUGUUCAAUUAGUCCAUUUCUGUGAUAAAUUCCACAUACCAGACUAUGGUCCCAUGGCAGUCAUCUUUUUUGUGACAUCUGGAAGAGCUUAUAUAUUGUUAACAUAUUUCUUAAUCUUAAAGCUGUUUCGGGCUCGUACAUUUUAUCAACAUCAAUAAUCUGACAAACUGCUGUCUUUUCACUGCUCCCUGAUUAAUUAGCAGCAAAUGGAUAAUGAGAAUCCAGAGUCACAUCAAGCCAUGUUGUAACGCUCCUGUGAGGAACUUUUGGUUUGUGUUGAUUCUGGCGCCCCCUGUGGACAAAAAUAUACCUCUUAUUUCUUUACCAGUUUUGUCCUGUUUGAGUGCGGUUCUUUUAUUACAUUCAGGCGUAGUGUUCAUUAAAAAUCUUUGCCGUGGACAAUGCAAGCGGCCUUUCACUCUGACACCUACCCCUGCCAGCGAUUUAGACGUUAAAAUGAACCUCUUUGAAAUAGUGUCUCUUUGCCUCUUCAGGAGCUGAAAAAGCUAACUAGACCACUGACAUCACUAUUGGUUUAAGUCUGUUUUUAACCAGUUUAAAACUACUUACCGGAGCUUUAAGUUAAAAAAAAAAAAAUAAUAACUUUAAAACCCCACUAAUAUUUGCAUUCAGCCACAACCAGGUCAACAACUACAUUUCUGAGCGACAACUAUGUGUCAGAUGGUUGAUGUUUGUAUGACUUGGGAUACAGCAGUGAGACAUGAUAGCAUUAUUACAGCUACCCACUGUUAAAGUGGAGUUACAAAACAGCGGCCACCAUGGAAAUAUAGCCUGUCUAUAGACUACAUAGACUCAUAGACUACAUAGUUCUAUUAAAACAAUAAACUCCUAGCCAGAUCAUUGUCAAAAAAUUUUUGAUUUGAUUGAUAAAUUUUAUUCCAAAAACCAACCAGUUUUGUUGAGCUGGUGCAAUUUAAACACCUGCCUUUUAACUAUCUUUCAGUGAUACAUUACUUACAAAUUUCCCUGUGCUUUCUGGGAAACAUUCAAAAAUGAAUCUGGAUCAUAUCCACCUGGAAAAAAAAACAAAAACAGUUCUGUUGACUGACAUUCAACUUAUCUAUGAGACAUCUGAUGACUUUUGAAAACAGAUUAAACCUCUAUUGCAGAAAUAACGGUUUUACACUCAUGAAUUUCCUCACACUCUGUACACCUGUCUGUCACACACAUCUACGAUUUGAAAUGCACUUGCUUCUACAGUAGUUGGGAUGGGAGUUGUAAUCCAAGGUGCCUGCCGGGACUUGACUUACCUGUAGAUAGACUUUUUGGGGGAUUUAGUUUGAACAUUUAGGGCACUGGAAACCUUACUGGGAUUAGUUGUAUAAAAAAAGCUUCUGCUGAGUUCUUUGUGCGACCUGUCUGUUUGUGCCUUUUUUGAUAGUCUUGAUAUCCAAGAUUUUGAUGUGCAGCUUUUGUUUAGUCGGGAAUCCGUUGUAAUUGCAGUAUACGCUCUUUAAAAUGAACACAAUCAAGUCUGUGGGUUUUGGGCGGGAUCGCGGGUGGGUCUCCUUUCUUUUCUUUCAGUUAAUGUAAAUUUUAAAGAGAUUUGUUGCCACAGCUGUGUGAUUUGUGACUGUAUUGAAAAGAUGAAAAGCAAACAUUUAUAUUUUUUGCGUUACCCUUUUUCCUUGAGCCUUUUUUUUCUUUUUUGGAUGUUUUUGUGCAGAUAUUUUUAUUGUAAAAUGAAUGUUAUGUUUCUAUCAGACACUAAUCUUGUUUGAGUUGUCUCCAGUGGAACUACUUCACUCUGUAUGUUUUGAUCAGUAUAAACCUUUAAUUGUGUAGUUAAACAUUUCUGAAAGAGAUAAAAAUGAAUAAAAAAUAAAAAAGAUCCUUGGUUGUAUUUUAAAGGUUCCUGUUUGAACUGCCAUAGAAACUGCUUAAAGCGGUCAGUCAGUUUUAUUUCGCUGUCGUUUGAAAGAUCCGACCUGAACGAGGCAUUUCUAUAAAGGACUGACUGCCACUUAGAAAAAAUCAUUUUUUUUUUUAUUUCUAAAAGCUUUUCUUUCUUUCUUUCUUUUUUUUUUUUUUGUUGUUGUUUGUUUUGCAUCUCUGCCAUGACAUUUCAAUAGACGUUCAUUGAAGACACUGUACCUUCAUUAACAUCUCUGAAGUCUCUGUGUUGAAGACACGACUGGCAUGUUCACAACAGUAAGCAUUUGAGACAACUUCUGUACCUGCUGUCUGCAUCUAUCCUUACAUACAAGAGUGCAAAAUAAAAGUUUCAUGGAGCGACACAGUAUACAAUUAAAUGUGUUUAAUGAAAUGACUGAAAAUUCUUAAUAAAAAUGCUGUAUUACUCCAAAAACAUUAA